UGAAAAUGAAGGCAGUACAGAUAACUUAAAAACAGUUUUCCUUAGCUUCUGUGCCAAGCCCCACCUAGAAAGCAACAAUGUCGUUUUCAAGCACCCCUAAUCAUUUUAGGCACCACCAUAACAGGGACGAAGUACGUGAUUACCGAGUCCAGUCCCCUCAUCAUGCCAGGCACCAUCACCACCACCACCACAUGGACGAAACCCGUGAUUACCAAGUCCAGCGCGCCGACACGGAAGCGAUCUUGUACGACAGCUAUCCAUACUAUGCAAACCAUCGUCAUACCUACGACGGUCAAUAUGGCAACACCGAUAGGACGGAGGCUCGUAGGGUCCGUGCCGUAGAGUACGAGGUUUACGAGUAUGCUCCGGCGCAUGCCGUGAAGGAAGACGUGGGCAGCAAGUUUGUGGACGAGAACAUCAACGAAGAAGCCGACCAAUUCAUCCAGAUAGAGCACAAGAAGUUCAACAUGAGCAGGUGGCUGUCCAAGAAGAGUGGCUGAAACAUGCCCUGGUCAUCAUACGCUAUGUAAAUAACUGCCAUCAACAUUAUGUUGGGCUUGGUUUUGAUUCAAGGGACUGUGUCAUAUACUUCAUCAGGAUGCUUUGCUUCUGUUGAACACACACUGAUGAAAACAUAAUACGUACAGAGUCAUAUGUUUCAGACUUGGAUUGUCUCAAUAAAUCUGUACCUUGUGUGUUAUCGU